AAAAGUGAGGUUAUAUUUAUAGCAAUCAGUGGUGCCAAUCGUCAUGUGUCAAACGUCAAACCGGAAUAUCGUGUGCUAGAAAAUGGGAAUCUUGGAAAAAAUCUCGGAAAUCGAGAAGGAAAUCUCUCGAACACAAAAGAAUAAAGCCACCGAGUACCAUUUGGGGCUGCUGAAAGCUAAACUUGCUAAAUACCGUUCCCAGCUCCUCGAACCCUCGAAAAAAUCGGAAAAAGGUGAAGGCUUCGACGUUUUAAAAAGCGGGGAUGCACGUGUGGCCUUAAUCGGCUUCCCGUCAGUGGGAAAAUCCACUUUGUUGUCAACUUUGACUAAAACGGAAAGCGAGGCCGCGUCGUACGAAUUCACGACUUUGACAUGCAUUCCCGGCGUAAUUGAUUACAAUGGUGCCAACAUCCAAUUGCUCGAUUUACCUGGGAUUAUCGAGGGGGCUGCUCAGGGCAAAGGCAGGGGGCGGCAGGUGAUAGCGGUCGCGCGGACGGCCGAUUUGGUCCUCAUGAUGCUAGACGCAACGAAAAAAGACGUCCACAGACAUUUACUAGAGAAAGAAUUGGAAAGUGUGGGGAUUAGGUUGAAUAAAAUGAAGCCUAAUAUUUAUUUCAAGGUGAAAAAAGGGGGCGGCAUUUCGUUCAAUUCCACUUGCCCCUUGACGAAAAUUGACGAAAAACUCGUCCAAAUGAUCCUUCACGAAUACAAAAUUUUCAACGCUGAAGUCCUCUUCAGAGAGGACUGCACUGCCGAUGAACUAAUCGAUGUAAUUUGCGCAAAUCGCGUCUACCUUCCAUGCCUUUACGUCUACAAUAAAAUCGAUCAGAUUUCAAUUGAAGAAGUUGACAGGAUAGCCCGACAGCCAAACAGUGUUGUUGUCAGUUGCAACAUGAAGCUCAACCUCGAUUACCUUCUCCAAGUCCUCUGGGAAUACUUAAAUUUGAUUCGUGUUUAUACGAAAAAACCGGGACAACCCCCCGAUUUCAGCGACGGCUUGAUCCUCAGAAAGGGGGUCACAGUGGAGCACGUAUGUCACGCAAUCCAUCGAACUCUUGCUCAGCAAUUCAAGUAUGCCUUAGUUUGGGGCACCAGCACCAAAUAUUCACCGCAAAGGGUCGGGGCUUCCCAUAUUAUGCAUGACGAGGACGUCAUCCAAAUAGUUAAGAAGUAAUUUGUUGUCACCAUAUUAUUAAAUAAUUUUUUUACA